AUGAAGUUCUUCAUUGAUGAUCUGCCCGUCCUAUUCCCGUAUCCUCGCAUCUACCCCGAACAAUAUGCCUACAUGUGCGAUCUCAAGAAGACCCUCGACGCAGGGGGUCAUUGUGUGCUGGAGAUGCCGUCAGGGACGGGCAAGACUGUCUCGCUUUUGUCGUUGAUUGUCGCCUACCAGCAGCAUUACCCGGAACACAGAAAGCUCAUCUACUGCUCGCGAACAAUGUCGGAGAUCGAGAAAGCAUUGGCGGAGCUGAAGGCAUUGAUGAAACACCGUGCCCAAGAGCUUGGUCACCAGGAGGAAUUUCGCGCGCUAGGACUGACGAGUCGCAAGAACCUGUGUCUUCACCCGUCGGUGAAGAAAGAGAAAAGUGGCAGCGUGGUCGACGCGAGGUGCCGAAGCUUGACUGCGGGCUUCGUCAAGGAGAAGAAAGAGCGCGGCGAGGACGUUGACCUUUGUGUCUACCACGAAAACCUUGAUCUACUCGAACCGCAUAACCUUGUUCCCCCGGGCGUGUUCACUCUCGAUGGGCUAUUACGAUAUGGAGAGGACCACAAGCAAUGCCCGUACUUCUCCGCUCGUCGGAUGAUGCCGUGGUGUAAUAUUAUCAUCUACUCUUACCACUAUCUUCUCGACCCGAAAAUCGCAGAGCGAGUUUCCAGAGAACUCUCAAAAGACUGCAUUGUGGUCUUUGACGAAGCACAUAAUAUUGACAAUGUCUGCAUUGAAUCUCUCAGCAUCGAUUUAAGCGAGGAUUCCCUACGCAAAGCCACCCGAGGUGCCACCAACUUGGAACGCAAGAUUGACGAAAUGAAAAGUUCUGAUGCCGACAAACUUCAAAGUGAAUAUUCGAAGCUCGUGGAGGGACUUCAAGCCGCAGAACAAGCUCGAGAGGAAGAUCAAUUCAUCUCAAACCCCGUGUUACCCGACGACCUGCUGAAAGAGGCGGUGCCGGGCAACAUUCGCCGGGCGGAGCAUUUCGUGACCUUCCUGAAGCGAUUUAUCGAAUAUCUCAAAACGCGCAUGAAAGAUCUCACCUAUAUCGAGCGCAAACCGUUAAGGUUUUGCGCGGAGCGUCUGACGUCUCUUGUGCGGACACUGGAGCUUGUCAACAUCGAAGAUUAUCAGCCCCUUCAAGAGGUGGCCACUUUCGCAACUCUCGUCGCCACCUACGACAAAGGAUUUGUGCUUAUUCUCGAGCCAUUCGAGUCGGAGGCGGCCACCGUGCCCAACCCCAUUCUCCAUUUCACGUGCUUGGAUGCUGCCAUUGCAAUCAAGCCCGUGUUUGAUCGUUUCAGCUCCGUCAUUAUCACUUCCGGAACCUUGUCACCUUUGGAAAUGUACCCGAAGAUGCUGGGUUUCACUGCUAUCAUGCAGGAAUCAUACAGCAUGACCCUUGCGCGACGGUCCUUCUUGCCCAUGAUCGUAACCCGAGGCUCGGAUCAGGCGCAGGUAUCGUCCUCGUUUGGCAUUCGCAAUGACCCUGGUGUUGUACGAAAUUAUGGGACCUUGGUCACUGAAUUUGCUCGCAUCACGCCUGACGGCAUCGUGGUCUUCUUCCCUUCCUACCUCUACAUGGAAUCCAUCAUCAGCAUGUGGCAAGGAAUGGGCAUUCUGGACCAAAUCUGGAACUAUAAAUUAAUUCUCGUCGAAACGCCCGAUGCACAGGAAUCGUCACUCGCCCUGGAGACCUAUCGAACUGCCUGCUGCAACGGUCGCGGCGCCAUAUUACUAUGCGUCGCCCGAGGCAAGGUGUCCGAGGGUAUUGAUUUCGACCACCACUACGGCCGCGCCGUUUUGUGUAUUGGUGUCCCCUUCCAGUACACCGAGUCCCGGAUCUUGAAAGCCCGUCUCGAGUUCCUGCGCGAGAACUACCGUAUUCGGGAGAAUGAUUUCCUAUCUUUCGACGCGAUGCGGCAUGCCGCCCAGUGUCUAGGUCGUGUCUUACGUGGCAAGGACGACUACGGUGUCAUGGUUUUAGCAGAUCGUCGAUUCGAGCGGAAACGUCCUCAGCUGCCCAAGUGGAUUAAUCAGGCAAUGCUGGACAGCGAGACAAACCUCAGUACUGAUAUGGCCGUGUCGAACGCCAAGAACUUCUUGCGUACCAUGGCCCAGCCCUUCAAGGCUCGGGAUCAGGAAGGCAUUUCCACCUGGAGUUUAGCUGAUAUCGAACGGCACGAGGCGAAGCGCAAGGCAGAGGAGGCACGGAUGAUGCGAGAGGAUUUCACCAAUGGUCAUGCCAUGGACGAAGCCGUCACGUCUGCGGGUAAAAUUGUCGAGGACGAGUUUGACGACGAGAUUGAUGAGGACCUCAUGAUGCUUGAUGCAUAG